AUGCGUUUCUCUUUCUUCACAGCUCUAUCCGCAGUGGCUUCGUUGGGCUAUGCCCUCCCCGGCAAGCUGCAGUCUCGAGAUGUUUCCGCCAGCGAACUGGAUCAGUUCGACUUCUGGGUCCAGUAUGCCGCCGCGACAUACUAUGAAGUGGACUACACAGCUCAAGUGGGCGACAAGCUCACUUGUUCGAAAGGCAACUGCCCCAGAGUCGAAGAAAUCGGCGCGACUGUAUUCUAUGACUUCUCCGACUCCACCAUCACAGAUACCGCCGGCUUCAUCACAGUAGACCACACCAACUCGGCAGUUGUUUUGGCCUUCCGUGGUUCCGUCUCAGUGCGCAACUGGGUCAGCGAUGCCACUUUCGUACACACAAACCCUGGUCUCUGUGAUGGAUGUCUCGCCGAACUCGGCUUCUGGAGCUCCUGGAAGCUAGUUCGUGACGACAUCAUCAAGGAACUGACAGAUGCAUUCGCCCAGAACCCCAACUACGAGCUGGUCGUCGUGGGCCACAGUCUGGGUGCUGCCGUCGCAACUCUUGCUGCCGCUGACCUCCGGGGCAAGGGCUACCCGUCCGCUAAGCUGUACGCAUAUGCUGCGCCUCGUGUGGCCAAUGCGGCUUUGGCCACGUACAUUACCGCGCAGGGCAACAACUUCCGCUUCACCCACACCAAUGACCCGGUCCCUAAGCUGCCUUUGUUGUCCAUGGGUUAUGUUCACGUCAGCCCUGAGUAUUGGAUCACAUCCCCCAACAAUGCCACUGUCAGUACUUCUGACAUCAAGGUUAUCAACGGGGAUGUUUCCUUCGACGGAAACACUGGAACUGGUUUGCCGUUGCUGACGGACGCUGAGGCGCACGUCUGGUACUUUGUCCAUGUUGAUGUUGGCAAGGUUUCUGGACUGCCAUUCAAGAAGGUUUAA